AUGUCGUCAAUCACAGUCACCGGUGCCGGAGGGCGCCAGAUCGAGGUCCCCACCGGCCUCUUCAUCGACAACACCUUCACCCCCUCAGUCUCGUCCCAGACCCUGACGGUCGAGAACCCCACCACCGGCGAGACUCUGGGCACCGUCGCCGCCGCCAGCCCCGAGGACGUCAACAAGGCGGUCAACUCCGCGGCCGCAGCCUAUCGGACCUGGAAGACCACCCCGGGCGCCGUCCGCGGAAAGCUGCUGCUGAAGCUGGCCGAUCUGGUCGAGCGCGAUGCCGAGAUCUUCGCCUCGCUCGAGGCCGUUGACGCCGGCGUGCUGUACACCGACAGCAUGGGCAUGAACCUCCCGCAGACGGUGUCGUGCCUGCGCUACUACGCCGGGUGGGCGGACAAGAUCGACGGCAAGACGCUGGCCAUGGACGGCGGCAUUGCGUACACGCAUCGCGAGCCGCUGGGCGUGUGUGCGGCCAUUGUGCCGUGGAAUGCGCCUUUGAUGAUCACGAUCUGGAAGCUGGCGCCGGCCCUCGCGGCGGGUAACGUGCUCAUCAUCAAGCCCUCGGAGCUCUCCCCGCUGUACGCGCAGAAGCUCGCCCAGCUGAUCCAGGAGGCGCAGUUCCCCGCCGGCGUGGUGAACAUCAUCGCCGGCGAUGGCGCGUCCGCCGGCCGCACCCUGUCGGAGCAUAUGCUCGUGCGGAAGAUCUCGUUCACCGGCUCCUCCGCGACGGGUCGCCAGAUCCUGAAGGCGGCGGCGGCGACGAACCUCAAGCGGGUGAACCUCGAGCUCGGCGGCAAGGGCCCGUCGAUCGUCUUUGAUGACUGCGAUUUGGAUAACGCGCUGCUGUGGACGCGCAUUGGUAUCACCGCGAACAACGGGCAGAUCUGCGCGGCCGGAUCGCGCAUCUACGUCCAGAAGACGAUCUACGAGGAGUUCCUGAAGCGGGGCCGAUUGUCAGCGCUGCGCAGCACAAGAAGGUCCUCUCGUACAUCGAGCAGGGCAAGCAGUGUGGCGCCCGGCUGCUUUUUGGGGGUGAGAAGGUUGGGGACAAGGGAUACUUUGUGGAGAAUACUGCGUUCGCCGACGUGUCUCAGGAUGCGACCAUCAUGA